AUGGUCGGCAAUAGAAAGUUUCGAGAAGAAUACGAAAAAGCAAAGGCAAUUCUAGACACUCUACCCUUCAGCAGAUUUAAAAUUUGUGCAGAAAGGGCGCACGGCUUUUCGUUCACAUUUCUUUCAUCCGACGAAACUUGUUUUUGUGAUGUCAAAGUACCGGUAAUAUAUACUAAUUAUCCCGACAGCACUAUAACGUGGACAUUUACCGUGAAUGGUGAACACGAGGAAAGGUACGAUCGACUUUACAAUGGUAUAAAUUGCAAAGACAUGAACUUCACAACACAAUUUCAGCAGAUAGUUAUUGAUAUGCACACAUUUGGUCACCAUGAAUUACCGAAGGAGUACAAAAAUAUUGACCCCGAAUUCACAGAUUACUACCUGAAACUGAUAGGCCCCAUUAAAACAAAAGUUGAUGAUAUGAUGUUCAAGCACCUUGAAGCAGAGAAGCAGAGUGAACAAGAGUUGGCUCGAUGGACUGAUUUAUUUCUUGAAUUUCUAACCAAAAACUAUCCACCAAGUAGAAGGAAACAUCCUGAUGAGGUUUUGUGUAUUUUUCACGAGCUUGGAAAACAUCUGUCAGAAAACUUUACCACUUUUCUUCAAGAGAGAAUAAUGAACCAACAACAGGGGAAGAAAAUUAAUGAAGAUUCACCAAAGCCCUCUUCAUCGAAACCCAAAAGUCCUGUUGCUGCUGCUGCUGCCGUCACUGACGCUGCUGUUUCUGAAACUGCAAAGGACGGAGAACAUGAAAAAGGAGAUGUCUCAAAUCCCAAUCAAAAUUCGUAA